AUGUCGUCCGGAGCCAUCGCGACGGACGCAUCGGCGAAUGGCGCGGCGCAGUCGCCGCCGCCGCAGAGCAACGGCAACACGGCGAUGACGUACGCGUCGGUGAUCUCGCUGCACCAGCUCAACAUCGCCGUGAUCGCCGUUCUCGUCCUCCUCGUGCUGCUCGUGCUCGUCCUCUCCAUCGCCAAGGCGCGCUCCACGUGGCUCCACCGCCGCGCCGUCUUGCGUCAGCAGGCGGAAAGCGCGCAGAACCUUCGGCCGGUCGGGCACCGCGGUCUGCUGGUCGACGACCGGCCGGGGAACGGUAUUCCCGAGGAGCUAAUAAAGCUGCUAGGGCAAGUGGUGGCGUUCGAGGCGGCGAAGGUUGGCGGGGAGUGCGAGAGCGAGCGCGAGUGCAUCGUGUGCCUGGGGGAGUAUAACGAGGGCGACAUGGUGCGCGUGCUCGACGCGUGCCACCACAUGUUCCACCAGGAUUGCAUAGACGCGUGGCUCAAGGCCCACAACUCCUCACCAUCCGUACGCAACCAUGACACGAAUCCAUUCAUUGCGUUUCGGGACUUCUUCGCGGAAAGAACCGGAUUUUCUCAAUCAAAUCACGCGCUGGACCCUCCUGAAGCGGUUACCGGACCUCCGUCUAACGAGUCCGUGAGGCCGUUCAGUCGUUAUUUGCAGUCCUCCUCCUCCUCUCUCUCCGAUUGCCCCUUCACAACGACCAAUCCCCUCCACACCUGCGCCAUGGGCUACGCCGCAUCUGCCGGCGUGACCGGCGGUCACGGGAAGCCUGCCUACGUAGUAACCAACGCCGGCGACUCACUCCCAGUCGGCACCAACGGCUCGCUGCGAUGGGGAUUAACGCGCGCCUAUGCGGCUGCGGGAACCAACGGCAUCUACAUCACUUUCGCGAAGAAAAUCGACGUUUUGCUCCUUGGGCCGCUAGCAGUGCCGUCCGGCACGACAAUCGACGGGCGGGGAGUUGCCGUCCGGCUGUUCGGGUCGUCCGUCGUGGUUCGCAACGCACGGAAUGUCAUUGUGCACAAUAUCGAAGUGCAAAGCGUGCAGUUCCCCAACGUGAAUAGCGGCGUGAGCAUCAUCGACAGCACGGUAGUGUGGCUGGAUCAUGUGCGGGUGCGCGACGCUGUACCGGGGGCUGUGGAGGUCGUUGGUAGCAGCGCGGGGAGCGCCGGGAGUAAAGACGCGGCGCGAUCAGACGGCUCGUCUGUGGUUUCUCUAGGAGACAGGCUUGGGAACGGCGCGGUCUUUAACUCGCAAGGGUCGAGCGUGGUAUUCACUCCGCCAUAUUCGAUCACGCUCGCGGCGCCUGACACGGCGCUAGAGAGCUUCAUUCAGCAGUCCGCGGGCCCGCGCGUCAUGGCGCGCCCGCCCAUGCAGCCCCCCCCGCCCCCUGCUUCUCCGCCGCCUCUCCCCAAAUCCCCACCUCCAGUGCAAUCUCCGCCUCCCCCGCCGGCACCGCUCACUAAUAUCAACAUGAAUCCCCCUCGUUCUCCGCGCACCCCCCCUCGGUACCCCCCUUUUUCUUCUCCGCCACCACCGACAAACUCUCCCCCAGCCCCCCCCGCUCCCCCGUCCGCGGAUCUCCCAGACGCGCAGUGCGCGUUCAAUACGGAUUUGCCGCUGCACAAUUGCUCUCUAGGGUUUGCGCGGGGUGUGCUUGGCGGAUACGGGCGCAGCGAAUAUGUGCGUGUGAAGUGGAUGGACUACAUGCAUCCUCCUCCUCUCCUCUCCCCUGCUCUCUCUCUCCUCUCCCCUGCUCUCCCUCUCCUCUCCCCUGCUCUCCCUCUCCUCUCCCCUACUCUCCCUCUCCUCUCCCCUGCUCUCCCUCUCCUCUCCCCUGCUCUCCCUCUCCUCUCCCCUGCUCUCCCUCUCCUCUCCCCUGCUCUCCCUCUCCCCUCCCCUGCUCUCCCUCUCCUCUCCCCUCCUCUCCCUCUCCUCUCACCUGCUCUCCCUCUCCUCUCCCCUCCUCUUCCUCUCCUCUCCCCAGCCAUCCCCCACCCGGACAGCAUCGCCAUCAAAGCAAGCGCGGGUAAUAUCUUACAUCCUCCCCUCCUCCCCAUUCUCCCAUCUCCUCUUUCUCUCCCCCCUCCUUUCCUCCCCACCUCUUCCCCUUCCCCUACCAGUGGGCGAGUGGGCGAAGUAGACGAAGCGCCGUAUGGCACGCAGGACGGCAUAGCCAUCAGGGCCAGCAGCAUGGUGUGGGUGGACCACUGCCUCGUGCACAACACCCCCAUGGGCACCAUCGACCUCCUCGCCUCCUCUGACGCGGUUUCCGUCUCGUACUGCCACCUCUCCAACUACCUCCUCCCACUCACCUCCGCCAACGCCACGUCAGCACCGCCCUCCGACGAUCCAACGAGCUCCGGCAAGGAUACAGGCACGGGCGCAGGCACGGGUGGGGAUGGGGGUACCGGAGAGCCUGAUGCGGCUCGGGUUACGUACUUUGGGAAUUUCUUUGAGGGGCCGUCGGCACCGAUGCUGCACUGCCAGGCGUCGCUGUGCCACGUGGCAAACAAUCUGUUUGCCAACUGGACCGACACGUGUAUCGUGGCGCGCGGAGGCGCGUCGGUGCGAUCGCUCAAUAACGUGUAUGCCAGCACGGUUCCGGGCGCGGCGGGGAUUGUAACGGCGAAUGCGGACGGCGCGAGUUACUUCGUAACGAGCGGGGAUCUGUUGCGGAACGGAGUACGGUUUGUGGUGAGUUUGCCGCCCGGAGUGAGUGGGAGUGCGGGCAUGCCGCCUCUGCCCUACUCCCUGCCGGUAGACAAAGCUGACUCAAGCCUUCCAGGCGCGAUCAAGGGGAAUUCGGGGCCCCAGUUCUGA